UGUCACACACAGGACCAAGCAGGAACUCGCCCAUUUUUACCCAUUACAGAUGGAGGAACACGAAGAUGCUCAAUACUGUUUUCCAGACCAAAACUCUUCUUGCAGAAAGGCUUUGCUAUCGACAUCUAUUUACAUAACACUGUACAUCUUCAUCUCAUUGAUUUCAGCGGUUACAGUAUUUUUGAACGUACUGGUGAUCAUCUCCGUCUCUCACUUCAAGAAGCUCCACACUCCAACCAACCUGCUCAUCCUUUCUCUGGCGGUGGCUGAUUUCCUGGUGGGACUGAUUGUGAUACCAGUAGUGGCUGUAACAGUAAUUGAAUCAUGCUGGUUCUAUGGGAAAUAUUUCUGUGUGAUUUCUCUAUAUAUCAAUUAUUUAUGUCUCUCUUUAUCUAUAGGCAAUUUGAUCUUGAUAUCUAUUGACCGCUAUGUUGCUGUGUGUGAUCCCUUGAAGUACCACUCAAAAAUAACAAUAACAAGAAUAAUUGGUUGUAUAUCAAUUACCUGGUGUUGUUGUAUCAUAUACAAUGCUGUUAUUUUAAAUAACUAUGUUAAUAUGAAGGUACCCCGACAGUGUUUGGAAGAAUGUUUUGUUGUUGUAGGAUUUAUCUGGAGGAGCAUCAUUGACAUUCUAUUUUCAAGUGUUAUCCCGUGCUCAAUUAUUAUAACACUUUAUUUGAAAAUAUUUGUUGUCGCCAGAUCACAGGCCAGAAAGGUAUUUAUAAAAGAGCCUGCCACCAAGUCUGGUGUUAAAACUGUACAGUCAAAUAAGUCUGAGAGAAAAGCAACAAAAACUCUAUCUAUUGUAGUUUUCACCUAUCUCAUCUUGUUGGAUUCCAAUUAUUUUUAUCCAGUUUUUUUCUCACCAAUCAUCAGUUUCCUUAAGCUUUCUGCCAUGUGUUAAUUCCUUAAUUAAUCCAAUUAUUUAUGCUUUAUUUUAUCCAUGGUUCAAAGUGACAGCUAAACAUAUUUUAACUCUGAAGUUAAGGCGGUCAUAGU